AUGCUCCGCCAGGCUACCAACAAUCCCGACGUCGUCAGAGGAGCCGAUGCGAAGAUCAGGGAGGCUGAGCGGUCACUCUCCUAUUUCGAGGAUACCCUCCGCCAGCUUCAGUCUCGCAAGAUGAUGCAGGCACAGCAGGAUGAUCCGUCAAGAUCAGGCAGUCCGGCUCCUGCUCAGGCUGGUGGCUCAUAUUCCCAACGCGCUGGACGCCAAUCCGAUAGCAAUCGCGUUCCUCAAUCACCAGCACCGGAUGGUUCACGACGUAGCGCGCACAGCCCGCAGUCUCCAGAUAUGCGUGCGUCCACCGGUAGUCUUCCCAACGAUGACGCCUAUGGUGUCCCGAAGCCCAAGACGUACACGAAACUGGAUCUCAUCAAAGCGGACACACCUCACACGACGGCUAAGAUUUCGCGCAUGCUUCAUGAACUCGAGUUCAAGCUUCAGGUGGAAAUACAGUUGAAAAAGGGCAUUGACAAAAUGGCAAAGCUCUUCCAAGCUGACGGCGACAGGAGAUCAAGAGCUGACGCGGAGGCUAAGAAGAUUGAGAGCGAAAGAAAGAUUCAACUUUUGCAGACCGCCCUCAAACGUUAUAAGACCUUGCACAUUCUCGAUGAUGCGGAAGAAGACGAUGAUCCUGGAGUGCCUGGCGUGGUUGGUCCUGGUGGAGAAGGCGAACGGAACAACAACUUACGUUCGAAGAAUCUCUCCGGUAAAUUGUUGGUGACACUCAAAGGAGCGCGAGAGCUGGAACAUGCUCCCACUGCCUCUCGAUCUCGUUCCGCCUCGAAACAGAUCGAAACAUAUGUGUCGUUCAAGGUGGAAGGCACAGAACGCGCUCGUUCUCAUCCGACAAGGACCGACCGCUGGAUGGAAGACUUCGAAAUCAUCAUUGAGAAGACGAACGAGGUUGAGAUCACCGUCUACGACAAAUCAGUCGGUGAACUGCAUCCUGUUCCGAUCGGUCUGCUAUGGAUCAAAAUCAGUGACCUCGUUGAUGCUCAACGAAAGCAAAAGGUCAUGAUGGAGAAUGGUCAAGGUGGCUGGGUCACCGCAGGAGCCAUGAGCGGCGAUAGUUCGACCAUAAGCGCGCACGGACAGCCAGGUGCUACUGGCGAUAUGAAUGCGCCCAUUGGACUCAGCGACAACAGAGUCGUGCAGCCCUCUUCUUCUGCUCCUUCCACGGGACAAACUGAGGGGAUCGACGCCUGGUUCGCUGUAGAGCCAGCAGGUGCGAUUGCGUUACAACUGAACUUUGUGAAAGAGAACGUUCGAAAACGCCCACUCGAUGCACCUGGAGGGCUUGGCCGUCAAGGUGCUGUUCGCAAGCGCAAGGACGAGGUUCAUGAGAUGAAUGGACACAAGUUUGUCCAACGGCAAUUCUAUCAGAUCAUCCUGUGUGCCUUCUGCAACGAGUUCUUGCUAAAUGCUGUCGGUUAUCAGUGUGAGGACUGCCGAUACACUUGCCACAAGAAGUGUUACGAAAAGGUAGUCACGAAGUGUAUUUCUAAAUCAAAUACAGGAGACGAUGAUGCGGAGAAGAUCAACCACCGCAUCCCACAUCGCUUCGAACCUAUUACCAACAUCGGUGCGAACUGGUGCUGUCACUGUGGUUAUAUGCUCCCGCUGGGCCGGAAGAAUGCUCGCAAGUGCACGGAAUGUGGCAUCACCUGCCAUGCAAACUGCGCUCACCUUGUCCCUGACUUCUGUGGAAUGUCGAUGGAGACCGCGAACAUACUACUUCGUGACUGGCGAGACAUCAACAAGGCUCGCGGCGGCAAGCCCACGCAGGCCCGUCGAACUACGCAACCUUCCAAAGCUCCGAUGCUCCCGGAGCUCCAUGCAGACCAUGUCGCCGAUGAUAUGGGCCAGCUGAAGCUUGCCGAAUCGCCUUUGCCUCAGAAGGAGGCUGCCUAUACCCGCCAGCAGAUGCACAGCCCUCCACCUGAAGCCAUGCCGCCUGAUCACCGCGUGCCGCCGUCUGCACAGGCGGCGUAUCCUGGUCAAGCACAACGUCUGCCUCCUGGUGCAAUGCCUACAGGUGUCACCCACGAAGAGCCAGCGUCGCCACAAGCACAUUCAGAGCCAGCGCCUGUAUAUGCUCAGCAGACACCUAUUGCUGCUUCUCAGCAGUUGCCACAAGCGCCGGCCCAGCCAUACCGCCAACCUACCCGCAAGCGCAAAGUGGGCUUGGAUGACUUCAACUUCCUCGCCGUCCUCGGAAAGGGCAACUUUGGUAAGGUUAUGCUUGCGGAGGAGAAGAAGUCCAGCAGCUUGUACGCCAUCAAAGUACUGAAGAAGGAGUUCAUCAUCGAUAACGAUGAGGUCGAGAGUACGCGUUCGGAAAAGCGUGUAUUCUUGGCAGCUGCGCGAGAACGACAUCCGUUCCUGCUAGGCCUCCAUUCUUGCUUCCAGACGGAGACCCGGGUCUACUUCGUCAUGGAGUACGUCAGUGGUGGCGAUCUCAUGCUUCACAUCCAGCGCAAGCAGUUCUCCCUUCGGCAAGCCAAGUUCUACGCAUCAGAAGUGCUUCUUGCUCUCGAGUAUUUCCAUGCUAACGGUAUUAUUUACCGUGACCUAAAGCUGGACAACAUUCUUCUGACGUUGGAUGGCCAUGUUAAAGUCGCUGACUAUGGACUUUGCAAGGAGGACAUGUGGUUUGGGUCAACAACAAGCACCUUCUGUGGCACGCCAGAGUUCAUGGCCCCUGAGAUUCUGCUUGAGCAGCGUUACGGGCGUGCAGUUGACUGGUGGGCAUUUGGUGUACUCAUGUACGAAAUGCUGCUUGGGCAAUCUCCCUUCCGUGGCGAUGACGAAGAUGAGAUCUUCGAUGCGACUCUGGAGGAUGAGCCUCUGUAUCCGAUCACGAUGCCAAGAGAUGCAGUCUCAAUAUUGCAGAAGCUGCUGACUCGAGACCCUGCACGACGUUUGGGUUCUGGGAAGGGCGAUGCGGAAGAGAUCAAGCGGCAUCCAUUCUUCAAGGAUGUCAACUUUGAUGACGUCAUGAACAAGCGCAUCCCACCUCCGUAUUUCCCUACUGUGAACGGCACUGCUGACACGAGCAACUUCGAUGAGGAGUUCACUCGUGAACAGCCCACACUGACGCCGGUUCAUACACAGCUGUCAAGUCGUGAUCAGGCCGAGUUCAAUGGCUUCUCUUGGGUUGCGUCAUGGGCAGACGUAUGA